AUGACUCAACGAUCCUCCAUCACCAUCAAGUCAGGGGGCACUCGGAACUUCAGUGCUUCCUCAGCUAGCCUCCUUCCAGGCUGCCACACCAAUUUCAGCUCUGUCUCCAUGUCCCAGGGCAGGAAGAGCUUUGGGGGUGGCUUUGGAGGUGGUUUUGGGACCAGGAGCCUCCAUAGCCUUGGGGGUAGUAAGAGGAUCUCCAUCGGUGGGAGCUACCGCUCUGGCCGGGCCAGCUUCGGAGGUGCUGGCUACGGGCUGGGUCUUGGGGGCAUAGGGUACAGGGUAGGGGGAGCCAGCAGUGGCUUUGGAUUUGGAGGUGGGAUGAUGUCUGGCGCUGGAGGCAUCCAGGAGGUCACUGUCAACCAGAGCCUCCUGACCCCCCUUCACCUGGAGAUCGAUCCGUCCCUCCAGCGGGUGCGGAAGGAGGAGCGCGAGCAGAUCAAGACCCUCAACAACAAGUUCGCCUCCUUCAUCGACAAGGUGCGGUUCCUGGAACAGCAGAACAAGGUCCUGGAGACCAAAUGGAGCCUGUUGCAGGAACAUAAGACCACCAGGGCCAACAUCGAGCCCAUGUUUGAAGCCUACAUCAGCAACCUGAGGCGGCAGCUGGACAGCCUGGGUGGAGAGCGCUUGAGGCUGGAGACGGAGCUGAAGAGCAUGCAGGACGUGGUGGAGGACUUCAAGAUCAAGUACGAAGAAGAAAUCAACAGGCGCACAGCGGUGGAGAAUGAGUUUGUGGUGCUCAAGAAGGACGUGGAUGCCGCCUACAUGAGCAAGGUGGAGCUGGAGGCCAAGGUGGAAGCCUUGAUGGAUGAGAUCAACUUUCUGAGGGCGUUCUACGAUGCGGAGCUGGCUCAACUUCAGGCCCAGAUCUCUGAAACCAAUGUGGUCCUGUCCAUGGACAACAACCGCAAGCUGGACCUGGACAGCAUCAUCGCUGAGGUCAAGGCCCAGUAUGAGGACAUCGCCAACCGCAGCCGGGCCGAGGCUGAGUCCUGGUACCAGAUCAAGUACGAGGAGCUGCAGCGGUCCGCCGGCCGGCACGGGGACGACCUCCGCUCCACCAAGAUGGAGAUCUCCGAGCUGAACCGGGUGAUGCAGAGGCUGCGCUCUGAGAUUGACAACGUGAAGAAGCAGUGUGCCGUGCUCCAGGCCUCCAUCGCCGAUGCAGAGCAGCGUGGGGAGCUGGCCCUCAAGGACGCCAAGCACAAGCUGGCCGAGCUGGAGGAGGCCCUGCAGAAGGCCAAGCAGGACAUGGCGCGGCAGCUGCGCGAGUACCAGGAGCUGAUGAACGUCAAGCUGGCGCUGGACAUCGAGAUCGCCACCUACCGCAAGCUGCUGGAGGGCGAGGAGUGCCGACUCACUGGAGAAGGUGUCGGAACCGUGAAUAUCUCCGUGGUCUCCUCCUCCGGGGGCUCAGGCUACAGCGGGGGCGGCGGCCUCUGCAUGACUGGGGGCAGCUACGGCAGUGGCCUCAGCUAUGGGGGCAGCGGCGGCAGCUUCAGCUCCACCAGCGGCCGCGGCAUGAGCGGCAGCAGCUCCAGCAUGCGCAUCAUCUCCAAGACCUCGUCCACCAAGAGUUACAGGAGCUAA